UUCACCGGCUAGGACAGUCAGUUGUCUACUGUCCCACUCCCUUCCACUUCCUGUCCUGCAGAAUGGAUCCCCAAGGCUUGCGGGAAGAUCUCCGUCUGUUUCAAACCACUCUGCUGCAGGAUGGACUCAAAGAGCUUCUUAACGAGAACAAGUUGAUCGACUGUGUCCUUAAAGUUGGCGACAGAAGCAUCCCCUGCCAUCGGCUCAUCCUGGCAGCCUGUAGUCCGUAUUUCCGGGAGAUGUUCUUCUCAGCAGACGGCAAGGAAGUGGACAAAAAAGAGGUUGCUCUGGAGAACCUGGAUGCCAGUGUUUUGGAGGCGAUUGUAAAUUACAUGUACUCAGCAGAGAUUGAUAUUAACGACGACAAUGUGCAGGAUCUUCUGGCCGUCGCCAACCGCUUCCAGAUCCCUUCAGUGUUCACAGUUUGUGUGAAUUAUCUCCAGAAGAAGCUGUCAAAGAAAAACUGCCUCGCCAUCUACAGGCUGGGACUGAUGCUGAACUGCGCCAGGCUGGCAAUCGCAGCUCGAGAUUACAUUGCAGAUCGGUUUAAGACCAUAUCCGAGGAUGAGGAUUUCCUGGAGCUCGCUCCACCUGAACUCUUUGCCAUUAUCGGGGCGGAUGCGCUGAACGUAGAAAAAGAGGAGCUCGUGUUUGAGACCCUCAUGAGGUGGAUCAGGAAAGACAAAGACAAGCGCGUGAAGUCCUUGGAAGAGGCCUUUGAGUGCAUUCGCUUCCGUUUACUCCCAGAAAAGUACUUCAAGGAGAAGGUGGAGAAGGAUGACCUCAUUAAGUCUGAUCCUGAGCUGCUCAAAAAAGUCAAAGCCAUAAAGGAGGCCUUUGCAGGGAAGCUUCCAGAGAGGACAAAGGGACAAGGUGAUGAGGAAGGAGAGGAGGGCAAGUUGCCCGGCUAUCUGAACGAUAACCGCAGAUAUGGCAUGUUCGCCAAAGACAUGGUUCUGAUGAUCACCGACACUGCUGCCGUGGCCUACGACGCCCUGGAGAACGAAUGUUUUCUCGCUGCGAUGGCCGAGCAGAUCCCCCGAAACCACGUCAGCCUGGUAUCAAAGAAGAACAAUCUGUAUGUGCUGGGGGGCCUGUUUGUAGAUGAAGAGGACAAAGAAAGCCCACUGCAGUGUUACCUCUACCAGUUGGACAGUCUCGGCGCUGAGUGGACGGCUCUGCCCCCCAUGCCCUCCCCCCGGUGUUUGUUUGCGAUGGGGGAGUUUGAAAAUCUUAUCUUUGCUGUGGCAGGAAAAGAUUUACAGUCCAAUGAGUCUCAUGACACCGUUAUGUGCUAUGACACCGAAAAAAUGAAGUGGACUGAAACCAAAAAGUUGCCUCUGAAAAUCCACGGCCACUGCGUGGUCUCUGAGAACGGGCUGGUGUACUGUAUUGGAGGCAAGACGGAUGACAAUAAAGCGACCAAUAAGAUGUUUGCGUACAACCACAAGAGGUCCGAGUGGAAGGAGGUGGCUUCCAUGAAGGCAGCCAGGUCGAUGUUUGGCGCCGUAAUCCACAACGGGAAGAUUGUUGUCGCCGGGGGAGUCACUGAAGACGGCCUCACAGGGGCGUGUGAAGCCUACGACUUUUCAACCAACAAGUGGUCACCCUUCACAGAGUUUCCCCAGGAGAGGAGUUCAAUGAACCUGGUCAGCUGCGGAGGCUUGUUGUACGCUGUAGCCGGCUUCGCCAUGGUGGAGAACGAGAACAAAGAGUGUGCGCCCAGCGAAAUCAUCGACAUCUGGCAGUAUGAAGAGGACAAGAAACAGUGGACCGGCAUGAUAAGAGAGAUGCGAUAUGCAGCUGGAGCCUCCUGUGUGUCCAUGCGUCUCAAUGCAGCCAGGAUGCCCAAACUGUAGCAGUCCAGACACUGCUGUCAGCAAGAAUACUGCGUACAUGCUCUUACUUAGUGUCACCCAACAUUGUAACAUAUCAGGCUCAUGUCCCCUUCGCCUGUUCUGUGAGUGUCCUGAUAGAACAUAUGUAAUGGAUUUAUUUCUCAUAAGUCAGUGGAGUCUAAAAUUGACCAGUCACUGCUUGUUUGGACCAGAUGUUAUUGCUGAUUCUGAUCUUCUGAAACAUAUGUGUAUUAUUGCAGUUAUCUGGCAAAGGUUUGCAAACAAAUGUUCCUCUUCCAGUCAGUUACAACGGGCACCUUGCUGUAUAAAGACAUCUGUUUGACAUUUUUGACCUUUUUUCUUUUAACACAGCUUAUAAAAUAGGGAUGUUAUUGAAGACCACAACUAUUGUGCCCCUGUACAUGUUAAUAACAAAUUCCAUUUUGAAGAAGCAAGCUCUGCAAUCACUGUGUAAAGCUUUGUGUGAAUUGGUGCAAUACUCUACAAGAGCUGUAUCAACUGAUGUUCUGCUCUGCUUAAGCCAUAGAGCUUCUGCUGAGGGUCACCAUAUUGACUUACUUCACAGCCAGUGGUGGAAGAAGUAUUCAGAUCCUUUACUUCUGUAAAAGUACUACUACGACUCUGUGAAAAUACUCCACUACAAAUAAAACUCCUGUACUCAAAACCUUACUGAAGUAUUAUGAAAGUGUUAUCACCAGAAUGUACUUAAAGCAUGAAGAGUAAAGGUGCUCAUUCUGUAGUGGAAUGGUCCCUCU